ACCCAACCACCCCUCCUUUCCUGCACCCCUCUUUAGCCUUCGGACUUGGUGGAUUUCUUUUUACAGCGAUAAUUUUUCUCGUCAGAUAUAGUAUCUAUCUUACCGUCUCCGGGUUUAUAACCCCUUUAGGCCUUAAGGGGAGGAAGCAUCAGUUGCCGAUCUUUUUGUUUUCUGGAUACAGCGCGUCAUCGCAUUUGGGUUGCCAGGGACUUCUCGCAAACCACCCCGCGUUAGGCGGGCUUAUACCCCUUGGAAUAACCAUUUCUAAUAUCGCUUGAUACACAACUUCGUGACGCCAUGUUCUAUUCGGAGACCCUUCUGUCAAAAACCGGGCCGCUGGCCCGCGUUUGGUUAUCGGCUAACUUGGAGCGCAAGCUUUCCAAAUCGCACAUUCUACAGUCGGAUAUCGAGAGCAGUGUCAGUGCUAUUGUCGACCAAGGACAAGCUCCAAUGGCUUUGCGGUUGAGCGGUCAGUUGUUGUUAGGUGUGGUCCGGAUCUAUAGCCGAAAGGCACGCUACCUAUUGGAUGACUGCAAUGAGGCUCUCAUGAAAAUCAAAAUGGCUUUCCGCUUGACUAAUAACAAUGACUUGACAACCACUGUUGUUGCCCCAGGAGGUAUUACUUUGCCAGAUGUGCUUACAGAGUCGGACCUUUUCAUGAACCUGGAUUCUUCUUUGCUCUUACCCCAGCCGCUCAGUUUUGAGCCGGAGGGGAAGCGCCCAGGAACAUCGAUGGACUUUGGAAGCCAGCUCUUCCCAGACAGUAGUCUUCGGCGCUCUGUGUCACAAGAGCCCGCGCGCCUUGAAGACCAUACUUUGGUUGACCUUGACUUGGGAGAGGAUGAUACACCCUUGGGGCAUGACUUCAGUAUGGAAGUUGGUCGAGAUGCGCCCGCACCUCGUCCUGUCGAAGAGGAUCUUUUUAGCGAUGCUGGCAAGUUCAACGAUGUUGACCUGCCUCUGGACCUUGGCGAAGAUGAUUACCCCCUGGACAAGAUGGACCUGGCCAACGAGGGCCCACAAGACACUCUUCUGCAGGCGGACGAUACAGCCAUGGAUCUUGGUGAUGACGGAGACCUGGCAUUCGAAGCCGAAGAGCGCAGGCUCGAUCGCGACUCAAUGAGCGUUCUCUCAGAGAUGCCAGACGCAGACAUGGAAAGACUCCAGCAAGAGCAAGGUGAAGAUCAGGACGAGGUAGAGGGAGAGGCAGAGGAUGAUAUGACUGUCCAACACUCGCAGCGCACGAAGCGACGGAAAGUUAUGACCGUGGAGCUCGAUAAGGAAACUGAUUACAAGGCCCAUAUUAUAAAGGGUUUGCAAGCGGAUCGCUCCACUAUCCUGAAGCCGACGUCCUUCUUACCCCGUGAUCCUGUUUUGCUCACUCUCAUGGACAUGCAAAAGAAUGGUGACUUUGUGACGAAUGUGCUAGGAGGAGGUCGCGGACGUGGGUGGGCUCCAGAACUUCGUGACUUGCUCUCCUUCGAUGCUAUUAAGAAGGCUGGUGAGCUCAAGAGGAAGCGUGAUAGCGGAAUUGCAGACAUGGAAAUCGAGGCAGCUACUGCCCCUGCUUUGGAAUUUGGCGAAGAAGAUGCCAUCGUACCGAUCGAUGAAGGUGUUGGUCUUGACUCAACGCUUCAUCAGCGGUCUGAUAUCGAAUUUCCCGGCGAUGAUGACGAUCAAGGUUUGCAUAUGAGCGACGAUGAGGGAAUGAAUCAUCCCCUGGAAGAGCUCGAUGACACUAUCCAACCUGCGGACAGUGGCCCUGUCUCCGUUGGUACCAAGCAUGCUGUUCACAUUCUCCGCGACUGUCUCGGUGAAUCUGCAGUGGAACAGAAGAAGAGCGUGAAGUUCCAGGAUCUUCUACCUGAACGCAAGGCAUCCAAGGCGGAUGCGACGAAGAUGUUUUUUGAGGUUUUGGUUUUGGCCACAAAGGACGCCGUCCAAGUUGAACAACGUCCCGAUACCGUUGGUGGCCCUCUCAAAAUCCGUGGCAAGCGUGCUCUCUGGGGUUCGUGGGCUGAAGAGAGCGCCAAUGGGGAAGUAGGCACUCAACCUUCCCAGGUGGUAGUUUAG